AUGUCAGUGACUGAGACAAACAAAAGUGGAGCCAUGUUUACCCUCUUGGGCUUCUCAGAUUACCCAACACUGCAAUUUCCACUCUUCCUGGUUUUCAUGGCCAUCUACAGCAUGACUGUGGUAGGGAACAUUGGGAUGAUUGUUACAAUCAAAAUUAACCCCAAACUGCACACCCCCAUGUACUUGUUCCUCAGCCACCUUUCAUUCGUGGAUUUCUGCUACUCCUCCAUCAUUGCUCCCAGGAUGCUGGUGAACCUAAUUGCAAGUGACAGAAGCAUUUCAUUUUCAAGAUGUAUAGCACAAUACUUUUUCUUUUGUACCUUUGUGGUAACUGAAGGCUUUUUAUUAGCAGCAAUGGCCUAUGACCGCUUUGUGGCCAUCUGUAACCCCCUCCUCUACACAGUUGCCAUGUCACAGAAGCUCUGUGCCAUGCUGGUGGUGGGGUCAUAUUCACUGGGUGUAGCUUGUUCCUUGACACUGACAUGCUCUGCUGUGCAAUUAUCUUUUCAUGGUUUCAACAUCAUCAAUCACUUCUUCUGCGAGUUCUCCUCACUGCUCUCACUCUCUUGCUCUGAUACUUAUAUUAGUCAGUUACUAUUGCUCAUUUUUGCCAUAUUUACCAUAAUUGGCACAUUCCUUGUAGUCUUCUUGUCUUAUUUGUUCAUUGUGGUUACCGUCCUCAAGAUGCGCUCAGCCAGUGGCCGACGCAAGGCUUUCUCUACCUGCGCCUCCCACCUGAUGGCCAUCAGCAUCUUCUAUGGCACCAUCUUCUUCCUCUACUGUGUGCCCAGCUCCAAGAGCUCCAGCCAUACAGUCAGAGUGGCCUCUGUGUUUUACACCAUGGUAAUCCCCAUGUUGAACCCCCUCAUCUACGGUCUGAGAAAUAAGGAUGUGAAAGACACUGUCUGCAAGUUUAUGAACACGAAAUUACUUUCUUAUUAA